CCGUCGCCUUCCUCCUCGGUACCAGCCAAUCAGGUUUUAAUGUAGUCCGUAACGUCCAUACUACAGGAAGCAGGUGACAUAUCACAGAGCAGCUGACUGCCGCUAAUUCUCCUGUGUAAAACCCAGCUCCACUAUGAGGCAUGGAGACUCACAGUAUAACUACAGUGGUCUUGCUGGCCUGCGGAUCCUUCAACCCCAUCACCAACAUGCACCUGAGGAUGUUUGAACUGGCUCGAGAUCAUCUGGAAGACACAGGCCAGUACAGGGUGGUAAAAGGCAUCAUCUCUCCAGUGGGUGAUGGCUAUAAGAAGAAGGGUUUGAUUGAGGCCUGCCAUCGUCUGGAGAUGGCCAAAUUGGCCACAGAGAACUCAGGCUGGAUCACAGUAGAUUACUGGGAGAGCUUGCAGCCUGAGUGGGUGGAGACGGCUAAAGUUAUUCGGCACCACCAUGAGAAGCUGCUUACAGCGGAGCAGAACAACGAUGAGGUGGACACGGUCAAAUACACCAAAAAAAGACGCAUAGAGGAGAAUUAUUUUGAAGGUUCAUCCCAUCAGAAAAGGAGAGAUAGCCCUCAGCUGAUGUUGCUGUGUGGGGCUGAUGUCCUGGAGUCCUUUGGGAUCCCCAACAUGUGGAAGCAGGAGGACAUCGCUGAGAUCGUUGGCCGCUUCGGUUUGGUCUGCAUCACCCGCAGCGGCAACGACCCAUACAAGUUCAUCCACCAAUCAGACAUGCUGUGGACGUAUCGCAAAAACAUCCACGUGGUCCAUGAGUGGGUGACCAAUGAGAUCUCUGCCACUCACGUGCGCCGGGCGCUUCGCAGAGGUCGGAGCGUCAGGUACCUGCUGCCAGACGCCGUGGUUCACUACAUCCAGGAGAAUGACCUCUACAGUGCCGAGAGCGAGCAGAAGAACGCCGAUGUGGUUCUAGCGCCCCUCCAGAGAUACACGGGUGCCUCCUCAAGCUGUGAGCUGCACAGUGGGACCAGUCUGACAUGUCUGGCCUCCCUUCUACACCCUGACACUGACAUGAGCCCCGCCCUCAUCCUCACACUGCCCUCAGAGGAUCACAUUUUAUUCACACACCACACAUCUCAGAAGGUGGAAAAAAAGGUAAUCAAAAUGCCUGCCAGCCUCUGUGGUACAUGGGACAUGAUCAGCAAUGUCAACUUUGAGGGCUACAUGAUUGCACUGGGUAUCAGUGUUUGCUUACGUAAGAUUGCUCUGAAGCUGAGGAUGCGGAAAGUGAUCGAGCAACAUGGUGACCAGUACAUCAUCAAAACAAUCAGCACUUUCCGAAACUACUCCAUUUCCUUUAGAGUGGGCCAGCAGUUUGAGGAGUUCACCCAUGGACUAGACAACAGACACGUCAAGUCACUGGUGACAUGGGAGGGGAAUAAACUGGUGUGUGAACAGAUUGGAGAGAAGAAGAACAGGGGUUGGGCUCACUGGAUUGAAGACGACAAGCUACAUCUGGAGUUGUACUGUGAAGGAGAAGUCUGCAAGCAGGUUUUUAAGAAGAAUGACUGAGUGAAGAAGAAUGAAAGUUAUCCCUCAGGAGAAGAAGGAAGAAGAAGAAGUUAUUAUGUGAUGAAUGGCAUCAUGUGUUGGAUCCAUCAGUCUAAACCCUGAACGAAAAAAACACAGUAAAAGUCCAGUUUGUGGUAUUUUCUCUAUAAAGUGACUGUAAUGCUCAGUUCAAGAGAAAAUGUCUGUCCUUUAAGGGUAUGGAUUUACACCAGUAGAUGGCAUCACUGCAUCAUUUUUGUCAGUCCACACUGAUCUGUAGCUUGCUUGUGCUGGCCUGAGAUUAAAGAUCGUAAAAAAAAAAAUACAGAGGCUCUUCUCAGAUGGCUGAAAAGAGCUUUUCUCUGUUAAGUGCUACCUUUUCGUUUCUUUCAAAUCUUUUGUCUUCCAAGGCAAGUUUGAAUUUCUUUGCACUGGCUUGUGCUAUCCCUCUGACAUUUGGUUGAGGUGUUUGUAAAAUUAAAAUCUCUAAUUCAAGCAGAUACACCUACAUUGUAUUUACAACAAAAAGUGAGGUGCUGGGUGUUUGGACCACUCUUUUUUUGUGAAAUUUGUAUAAUAAAGUGGGUUUUGAAAGAAAUCUGAAGAGGCAGCUGUCAGUCAUUUAAGUUCUACCACUCACCGAUGUAGCCUGUGUCACCAUUCAUCCCACAGUUGAUACUAUACUGUAAUAUAAUAAAUGUGUGAUAUAAUACAAUUUUAUAUUGUGCAGUAGCUAUCUGCUAUGUAUUGCUACUUGUAUGUUAACUGGUAUUAACCUCCCAGCACCAUGGAGGAGUCCAAUAAAAUCUUUUGUAGUGACCUUGUGCCCUGCUGUUCAUGCACACUGAGUUUAAUAAAUAACUACAGGA